UGAUCUCACACUCCACCUAAAAACGUCAGCUGUUUCGGUUGCUGUCAAAAUAGUCCACUCGUAAACAAAUCGAAGCAACUUUUCGUGCGCAAUAGCACCUGUAAUCCUCAAAAACUCAUACACGGGCACAGGCACGCUCAUUAGAAAAGGCAACCGAUACGACGAUGGGUAGUACAUUAGUUUACCUGCGCUCGAUUUAUUAAAUUUGGCCUCGACCUUGCGUUUUUAUUAUUGGUGAAAUCGACGAACGAACGUACCUAUAUCGUCCGACAAGGAUGAAAGAUGCAUAACCUUGAAGUGGUGGUUACAUGGACGGUGGACGUGCCAGGCGCCUAAUGAAGGCCACCUAAGCCACCUGAUAGUGUAAAGGCGCACACGUAAGAGACAUUGUAGUCAUAUAAAAAACAAAGCACUCAUCAAACUAAGCGCUCGGAAUCGAUGAUGAACAAAAGCUUGCACCGAGAGUGGAGAAAACGAGCAACGAGUGCACGAUUGCACCUUGAAACGUGAGCCGAUAAGGGUGAAGGUGACAAAUCUCCUUCCCAUCCAACGAAAACAAACCAAAUGAAGCGAACUCGGUAAAUCCGACAGAGGAAUGGAAGUUUCGGCAGUGCUCUGUCGCUGCUGUUUUAGCGUCCUUACGAAACUAACGUUGUGCAGCGGGUGCGGUGGUGUGGUUAUGGCGAUGGUUACAAAAACAACAACAGUAGCAGCAACAGCAGUAUCUAAAUUCUAACCUCGCAAAUCGAGCUACGGCGACUACAGCGACUAAGACGAACGUGAAAAAGAAGGUGGUGAUGAUAUAACAAUCUCAUUUUUCGGGUUACACACGUUGUGCACACUGUGUGAAAGUUGUUUGGUGCUCCAGACAUAUGUUGUUCGGUGCUCUGAAAGGAACGUGUCCACACGAAUUAGGAAGUGUAACUUACAUCUGCCUGUGUGCGUGUGUGGGAACAGAAGAAUUCUAACCGAAAAAGGGCAGCGAAAGGAAACCAUUACCGCCGUACACGCAACUGUUACUAUACUAGCUGCGUAAUGGAAACGCAAUGGUGAAUUCGUCUAGCAAGUGCACUAUUGUUUUGAAAUGUGGCUAUACGUUGCCGUUUGAAUAUUACUGAUCAAGCGUGUGUGUAUGUCCGUGAUUUCCGCUGUUUAGCGCUCGUUGCGUAGCAACGUACGAAAGGAGAGGCAUUCACACAAAAGAUAGAAAGAGAGUGUAUGUAUCAUGGAUCGGGACAAAAACGAUACGGCAUCGAACUCGGGCAUCGCAGGAGGCUUUGCUGGGUGCAUAACGCGAUUCAUCUGUCAGCCGUUGGAUGUGCUGAAGAUCCGCUUCCAGCUGCAAGUAGAACCGCUCAGCGAACAGCAUGUUACCUCGAAGUAUCGCACCAUCGCACAAUCGACCCGGCUAGUGUAUCGCGAAGAAGGUCUCCGUGCCUUCUGGAAGGGUCACAAUCCGGCACAGGUGCUAUCGAUCAUUUACGGCGUGGCGCAGUUUUCGUCGUAUGAACGAUUUAACCAUCUGUUGCGAACGGUCGACACUUUUGAGCGGCAUCAGAGUGGUCGAAACUUUGUAUGCGGUGCGCUAAGCGGUACGUUUGCUACCGUAAUUACGCUACCACUCGAUGUCGUCCGCACACGGCUGAUCUCACAAGACCCAGGCCGAGGGUAUCGCAGCUCGGUUCAGGGACUGAAGCUCAUCUACACGUACGAAGGCGUUCGUGGACUCUACCGAGGGCUGGGCCCGAGCGUCCUCCAGAUUGCACCACUAACCGGUGGACAGUUUAUGUUCUACAACAUCUUCGGCAGCAUGUUCCGGCAGUAUUUCAAUAUCAGCGCCAACGAGACGUUACCGGCGAUUGAGUUGUUCAUCUGCGGUGGGUUGGCAGGGCUGUGUACGAAACUGCUGGUUUAUCCGCUGGAUCUCGCCAAAAAGCGGUUACAGAUACAGGGCUUCGCCAAAAGCCGCCAAACGUAUGGGCGACACUUUGUUUGUGAUAACAUGUUCAACUGUCUGUACAAUAUCGCAAAGCAGGAGGGCAUGAUCGGGCUGUACAAGGGUCUCUAUCCUGCACUGUUGAAGGCGUGUUUUAUGUCCGCGUUUUACUUUGCGAUCUACGACGAAAUGGUGCUUAUUCUGAACCACUGAUAGUAGGUGAUCGUGGAAGCGCGUCUGCGAUUUCCAUCCCAAUGGCAGCUCUCACAGGGAUAAAGUUCUUCGAACGCCUUUCCGGUGGCAUUGCAAGUGAAUACGUUUUCUUAUGUUCAAACAAACACCCCACCCCUCCCCCCCUCCGUCAUACGCUUGUCUUCCAGUCGCCAAGUGCUCAGACAGGUGUUUACAUCAAAACACGGGUAAUGCAAGGCAAACAGGAAUCCACAUACCCCUCCAGAAGAUGUGAAUUGAACGCAGGAGGGAUGGGAUAAAGUAGUAUAGAUCCAGUGAAAUGCGUAACGUUCCAUAUCACACUUGACUUGCAAAGUUAUAAACACUUUGUCCAAUGAUUUGUUUCCAAUUUUAGGAGGUUCGAUAUGAAAAGGAAAAACAGAAUGUUACCGGUCAAAAAAUUAAAAGGCCUACUCAUAAGGAACUCAUUUGAAACAAACAAUGCUUUGCUACAGUAUCGAAUAAUGCAACUUGCUUCAUCACGAAUCCUAUCCAGAAUGGAUAUAGUUUAGCUAGAUGUUAAGACAAGAAAAAGCACACAUACACACACACACACGCCGCAAAUGCCUAAUAUGUCGCUUAAUCGGAGUAGUGCGGCAGUGUGAAUCAGACACAUCGGCAAUGAACGGAGAUGUACUUAAUUUUGUACUGCUCAAAUAUUGAGAUUGCUUUAGUUCCUAAUGUCUCAUAGUUACGGUAUAACAUGUGACGAUUUCUCUUUGUUUAAAUUUACGCAGUCCGUUGUAUUCAGCGAGUAAGCAAUGAACUCAGGAAAACGUUUACGUUACAAUUAGAUAUUUAGUGUCGUUCAUUCAGGCAGAUUAAAUGGCUAAAUACGCAUGAGAGAGUAUACGUUGGUUUGUGUUUUGCAAUUUAUCCAAUUUUUUUGUUUAGUGCUUUAAUUUUGGCAAGUAUGGAAAUGUAAAAAAUGUUUUUCUUCUUCUACUUCUUUUUCUCACUUUUCGGGAUAUCUGGUUUAGGCACACAUUAUCGCGCUUUACGAGUACAAUAGCCAAACACGAAUUUCGUUAGCAAAAGAACAGUUCAUUACACUAUACGCACAACACCCUCAAAUUGUACAUGCCACAUACACAAACAAUUAGUAGAUGGAAUUAUAAAUGUUGCGCUUUCUGUGCGCGCCCGCGGCCUGUAUGCCCAAGUAAGAUUGCAGACAUGGAAUAUGAAAUAUUAGAUAAGUAUUUAAAACACGGUUUUAUUUGUAGAUUAAACGAAGGCGAAAUUUGUAAAAAAAGCAAAGUGAUGCAAUGAAAUAGGAAAAAUGUAUGUGUAUACUUAACGACAACGGUUUGAAAAAGACUAGAUACAGUUGGAGAACGACAAUAAAGCGACAUUAUAUUACAGUCAAUAUAUUGGCAAUGUAGGGCGACACUUCUUCCCUCACAUGCGCAAACUUUACCGUGAACACAAUAGUCAAUUGCUUUGCGUACAGCGUCGGAGGAUAGGAAGAGUUUGUGGUGCAGUUCUGUUCACGACUACCUAAGAUGGGGCCAACACUUUAUAUUGAGUUUUUUAUUUAUCUACAUUAAUUGCGUGAAUAAAACAACAACAAAGCUCCUUUUAAUAUUUUCCUUCACUUGUUUUGUGCCAGCUGACGAACCCUAACUCAAAGGAACAGGUUGAUGAUUUUCUAAAAAAAAAACUGUUAAUCGUAUUGCUAUUAGACACAGAUAAAUGGUCGAUAUUGUAGGUCAGUCGGUAGAGUGGAAAUUAUUCUUCCUCACUUUCCAUGCGUUAACUGUUCUGUCGGUUGAAAUAAACGGGAUAGAUAUACGGGAUUGGUUAUCCAUGAGCCAGCUUUUCAGUAGAUUUGGCGAAAGUUGGUUUCUUAAGGGCUAGUAAAACACAACAUCGCCGUGAAGCAUUGGAAAAUUACUAACGGCCGAUUCUGGGUAGUUAUGACUGCACACACAUACAGUUAAAAGUGAAACAAAGGUAAACAAUAUCCUAACAGAGAACGAACGAAGUGAAAAUAAAACCAAUAAUCAGAAAAUACAA